CACUGUAGCAAAUUGCCAAUUUAAAUUCAAAUCACCCCUAAUCACUUCCUAACGUUCCAAACUCCUAUAUAAACCCCCUCUAGGUCUCAUUUUAUAAACAACAACUUCCCAAUUAAAUCUAAAGCCUACUUCUCUGUUCUUGAGUGUCCUAAAGCUUUGUUCUUAUUUUUCUUACUCUUUUGAGUAAAAGCUUUCAUUAUUACACUCACACACAAGGGCAUUUGUGUUUCAUUAUUUUAUAUCUUGCCUAUAGGCUUUUGUUGUUGUUGAUUUAAAUCUUUUGUUCUUCUCCUACCCAAUUUACAUUUGUUAUCAUUUUGGUAGAGAAGAAACACCAAUCUUUUUAUUGAUUUGUAAAAGGUGUGGAUAACCUAUAAAUCCUCAUUGUAAGAUUGAAGAUAGCCUUAAAAUCUUCGGUUGUAAACGGUUGAGAUAGCCGUAGUAAAAUCUCAUUUGCUUAUUGGCAAGGGUUGUUUGCCAAACCUCGUUUGAGUGUUCUUAGUGAAGCCAAACAAGUUAGUGGAGGUUAAAUCCUUGAGGAGGAGCAUCGAGGUGAACACCAAGUUCCUACUCCAAUGGACAAACUCACCAUCGAAGACAAGAAAAAACUCUCCCUGAAUGCCAAAGCACUAAAUGUGUUUUGUGCCUUGGGUCAAGAUGAGUUUGCUAGGGUGAGCUCUUGCAAAUCCGCAAAGGAAGCAUGGAAGCUCCUAGAAGCCACCCAUGAAGGAGAUAAAGACACAAAAGCUACCAAGAUAGCUUUAGGAACAUCCGAGUAUGAAAACUUCAAGAUGAAGGCCGGAGAAUCCGUUCAAGAUAUGAACAAAUGAUUCAAUCUCAUUGUCAACAAUUUGAAAGAAUGUCAUUGGUAAAGGUAUGAUAGGUAUUUCAAGUGAUUUUUCAAUAAAUGAUUUUUAUCUUGUUGAUUGCCUAAAAUUUAACUUAAUUAGCAUAAGCCAACUUUGUGACAAUGGCCACAAAAUUGAGUUUAAUGCAAAUUCCUGCGUUUUAUAUGGUCAAAAUAAAGAUGAAAUCAUUUU